UAAAAACAAAAGAACAGUGUUACAUUGUCAUUAUUUCUCAGUUUGUACUCUUGUUGCUUUGAAAGUAAGCAUGGAAGAAGAAAUGCCAAGUUUUUUAUCAUCGAGAGAAGAAGCAGCUUAUUUUAAACAGUUGGCACUGGAGUAUAAGGAAAAGUGGAAAGACAGCCAGGUGGAGCUGCAGGAGUUUCAAGAAGGAAGUCGAGAGCUAGAAAGCGAACUGGAGGCUCAACUGGUACAAGCUGAGAAGGCGAAUAAGGACUUGAGGUCGGUCAACACACGGUUGCAGCUAGAACGUGAAAGCCUACAGGAAAAAUUAGAAAAAAUACACCAGGAUAAUCAACGUCAGAUCGGUGACCUUCAACACGAGUUGUCAGUGGUCAAGGCUGAGAGAGAAGACCUUACCAAAUAUAUUCGCGAACUGGAACAAGCUAAUGAUGACCUUGAACGUUCUAAAAGGACAACAGUAUGCUCUCUUGAAGAUUUUGAAUCAAAGCUGAAUCACGCCAUUGAGAGAAAUGCAUUUCUUGAAAGUGAACUUGAUGACAAGGAGACUAUGGCUAUGAUGGUUCAGAGGUUGAAAGAUGAAGCCCGUGACCUAAGACAAGAGCUCUUGAUUCAGCAGUCUCUCGGUAAGCAAGAAAAUAACAAUAACAUUCUUGUCCUACCAUAUCUGGACAACGAUAAGAAAGUCGAGAAAAUAGAGAUAGAUUCCAACAAGUUGAAAGCAGAGAAUCACAAACAAAUAAGUUCUCCAGUGAGAGGAAUUUUAACUCAAGAAAGUAUCAAACCUCUGACUCCUUCCGCCAGAAUAUCGGCCCUGAAUAUUGUUGGAGAUCUACUUAGGAAAGUUGGGGCACUGGAGUCCAAGCUUGCUUCCUGUCGAAACUUAGUUAGAGAAAAACCCCACAUAUUUGAGGGAAGUGGAAAUAGUCCUGCUACAACACCAACGAAUGUGAAGCAGCUUAUCAAAGGAUCCCCCCUUCCCAGUCCUCAAGAGUUUAUUCCCUUACCCGUAUAAGGUUUUUAUCAACUGUAGAAGAAUACCUGUGGGACCAGAGUUCCUGUAGAAUGUCAGUAGGUGCUGGCUGUGGGUGCUAAAAGUUAAUUACUUCUCUCCGAAAACGAAAGUGAUAGAACUUCUUCGCAGAAUGAUGAUAUUCUUUUACCAAGAAUAUGAAAGUUUCUUUAUGGAGUUGGACCAUAUCAUACCAGUUUAGAAUUGUUAUUAAGUUUAAUAUUUAUAUGCCAAAAUACUUAAUGAUCAGUUUAUUUUAAAAACUACUAACUUAAAAUAUGUUGGGACGUUACAUAUAAUUUUUUAUAAUAUAUUUUCUGAGCAUAAAAAUUUAAAUUUCUGUUGACAACAAACUAAGCCUGAUUCAGCUUACAUUGGUUUUUAUAUCUUUAAUAAAAAAUUAAAUGUUGACUUUAUAAUUAGUUUUAUUUGAAGAGCUAAGCUACUUGUGUACAAAUUAAAACAAAAACUUAAGUUGCUUAUUUUUUAUGACUACAUUUGACAUGUCUUUUGAAAUGAAUCCUAUUUAACUAAACAUUAAAUCUCAAAGUCAGUAUCGUAAAAAAGGAAGCCACCUGGUAUAAGUAUAAUGACAAAAGUUGUAAUUACUCGGAGAACCGUUUUGUUCAGGAACACCCCUUGCAAGUUAACAACAAAUCGUUUCAAAGUAUCGAGUUUUGUAACGGUUAAUUUACUUACAUCAUUUCCUUAAAUCUCAAUUUUACCCAUGUUAUUACUGGUUUUAAUUUUGAUUUGUAAUAAUUGUGUAAAGACUUUUCUCCAUUAGCAUGAAAAAAAAAUACACACCUGUUUGUUGUACUUCACUAAGGUAAGUAAAAUAGCCGAUAGUUUUUUUGUCACAGACUUUCUAGUCCUAAGUGUUGUUCAUACUGCAAGUAAAUUUAAUGCCAGUUCUAUGUGUGUAGCUAUUAAUAUUAGUUUUAACAUGGAAACAAAUUCCUCCAGAAUUAGUAAGGUUAGGAAAACUCGUUCAUAGCCGAGAGUAUGAAAAUACUAGGUUCAGGAUGUUGUAGAUAACUUUUUCAUCACUGAUUGUCUGAAAGCUGUACAAAAUCAGUUGUUUGUUUCUGUGUCUGUCUAUCCUGGGUGUAUUUUUGUUUUGACUUUCAUUUUUGAUAUUGAUAUAUGAAUAUAUAUUUUCUUCUAUAUCAUUGUAAAGGAUACAAUCCAAACAUCACAGCUGUUAAGUCUUUGUUUUUAUUCAAUGUUAAAUAAAGUAUAGCUCGGUCACUAUGUAAAAUAUUGGAUUAUGAUUUUCUGUCUGUAAAAUAGUUGAUCAUGGACUAUCUGGUUAAAUAGGUUCUAAUGCAAACUAGUGGGUUCGGAUUAACAGGGCAGUUUUAUUUACAGAUGCUUAAAAUUUGACUUUAACGAUGUAACAAAAGCCAUACCUUGACUAGCUUGGAAUUAUAGUUUCAUCUGUCAUCAACUUAAUAAAGAACAGAGCAGAGGUUUUAUUGUAGUUUGGAUUGAGAAGAUUACUUGACGAAACUGUUAAAGUUUGUUUACUCACUUUUAUACUCCAUGAUUUAAAAAGAACACUUGAAGGUGUGUAGUCUUCCAGAGAGCUCUAACCUUUAUGUUAUUAAGUUUUCUUUGUUAGUUAUUGUAAGGUUCACAGCUGGUAACUAAAACUAGUUGAAAAAUGCAGUUCUAAGCUAAUACCAACUGACAUCAAUCCAUUUAGGUUGAUGGUAAGAAAUGAUUUAAAUAUACAAAAAAUUUAAACCUAGAAAAAUGUUCACUUAUUAUAUCCCACAAUCUCUAUAAAUAUUGAGAUCUUCACAAGAAAUUAUGAUGCUGUAUGUUAUGAUAUAAUUCUGUAUGAUCUUGUGAGAAAUAUGGGAAGUAUUGUAAUUGAAAAAAAAUAACACUCCUUUUCAAAAAGUUCUUUACAGUUUCAUAUAAAUAUUCCUAAACUCUAAAAGGUUUAAAUCAUGUACAUUUUAAAUGUAUUUCAGGGCAGAGCAAGGAAUAACUGUGACUUACAAAUCCUGUCUUGAGAUGUAAUAAUAGUAUUAACGUUCUGUACAUAAACUUUAUACAAAUAUAUAUUUUUUUAAAUAUUUGAAAGUGUUAUAAAUUAACGUUCAGAAUUGUAGAUUAAAACAGAUUUAAGAUGAUUUUUUACGUUUAAGGUUUGGACUUAGUACGGACUGUGUGUUUACUACUAGUUAUUGGAAAUUAAAAGUUGUUUCUGUAUUGAAUAGGUUUUAUAGGUUAUUUUAUUUUUUUCCGUAUUACAAGUCUUAACAUUAGACUGAGUUAAGACUACCAGUUUCAACAAGUUCAACUAUUAAUAACGUUGUAAAUUCCUCUAUUUAUUAUCAAAGGAGUGGAUUUUAGACUGAUUUAAAGUUCACCCACAAAAAUAUAUUAAUCAAAAAUCUAGCAAAGAAAUUCCUAGAAUUAACUCUAACUUCUGUAUGUAUAAAUACAAUUUUAUAAAGCAGGUGAAUAAUAAUAUAAAAUGACGUUGUAGAAAAUGUUUCUCAUUUAGAUCCUGAUUUUCCCAUGUUGUAGUUCUAUGAAAUAAAUAGUGUAGUGCUGA